AUGUGUUACAUUGCUGAUUGGAAACAAAUGUUGACUGGUUCAAAGUCGAUAAAGCCACAGAUAAAAUUGCACUGCAUCCAAAGUCUCAAGUUCAGUCUGAAGCAGGAAAACAAACUUCCAUUUGUCCUUGUGAUUAAUCUUGAGAUUCCUGCAAAACCGAACUAUAGUUUGGUCCUCUAUUAUGCUGUUGACCGUCUUGUGAAUAACGAUUCUUUGCUGGAAAAGUUUUUGGAUGGAACGGAUGCAUUUCGUGAUUCAAGAUUUAAACUGAUACCAAGCAUUGUUGAGGGGUAUUGGAUGGUCAAGCAUGCAGUUGGAACAAAAGCCUGCUUACUUGGGAAAGCUGUUUCGUGCAAAUAUUUCAGGCAAGACUAUUUCCUAGAGAUUGAUGUGGACAUUGGAUCAUCAUCAGUAGCAAGAAGUGUUAUUGGCCUUGUCCUUGGAUAUGUCACAAGCUUAGUAGUAGAUCUUGCAAUACUAAUAGAGGCAACGAAGAGGCAGAACUACCAGACUAUUGACAUUUUGGUUUCUACAUUCACUGAUAUUUCUUCUCCAAAGUUUGACAUGGAACUUUGA